AUGUUUUUGCUUUCCCUAUUUCUUACACUCUCAAUACAACUGCAAGCUGAUUUGCAUACAUGCGAUGCAGUAUAUUCAGGAAAUGUCCUCAUAAAGCCAGGCUCAUGCCCAAAUAUUGUUGUUCAAUCAUCAUGUACCUUGAUUGAUGAAGAAGCAUUUUAUACAUCAACAAUAGAAUCAAUUGAUUGCACACCAGCUUCACAGUUAACCAGAAUAGGUUUUAGAGCUUUCUAUCAAUGCGUUAACUUGAAAACAGUUAAUCUUCCAUCAAGCUUAAAGAUAAUCCAAAGUAACGCAUUUUUCGGCUGA